CCCCCAAACACACACACCCACCGUCCUCCAUUCCAGACCGAGGUUGUGCUGCUGCUGAGCCUGCAGUGCUGAGCCCUGCAGCCGUGUGUGACGACGACCACCACCUUCAACCACCGCUUGCAGCACAGCGCACACACAAACCCCAGCCCCCCCCCCCACCGCGCAUUUCCAUACACCUUCUCAGCUGUUCCUGACAACCACCCGAACCACGAUGGCUGCUGCCCGCCUGUUUCUGCUGGCCACGCUGUGCGUGUGCGCCGUGGCCAUGUCUGCUGCCAACGCCGCGGAUGACUCCACCUACACCCCUGGCAAACAAGUCAAGCGCUGGACCACCAACAACCCACUGACGGAUCAAAACGAGCUCGUGUCGUACGCACAGGAUGUUGGCGUGAAGCGCGUGGCACCUGUGAUUGUGAUUGGCGUUCUGUGUUUCAUUGGCAUCCUUAUUUGGUCGUGCUGUCGCUGCUGCGGCAAGUGCCGCCUGGAGUCCACGGACCAGUGCUGCUCGUUCUCGCUCGGAGGUCUGCUCAUCUGCUGCUCCAUCGCGGGCCUUGCCCUCAUCAUCGUCGGCCUCGAGGCAAGCAAGGACCAGGACACCGCGUUCAACAACGUGCCCACCGUCGUGGACUCUGCCGUCCAAUGGGUGGACGACCUCGGUGCCCAGAUUGAUGGCCUGCUGGUGCUGACGGGCGAGCUCGUGGACAUUGGCGACAUGAUCCUGGCCGCGGACAACGGCACGGGCAUUGUCGACAACAGCACCAUCACCUCGCUCAAGGAUGCGAGCAGCGUCAUUGAGGAUGCGUCCACCGCUGUCGACGACCUUGCAGCGCAGGCCGGCAUCGAGGACUUCCGCGACUCCUUUGCCAGCGACGGUGCGUUUGCGUGUCUCGUAUCCGCUGCGCUGGUUGGCGUGAUGACGGGUCUCUCCGACGUGUGCAUCAACCCCGACGCCAGCAUCAUCGGCCUUGCAGAGGUCACCGACCCCACCAUCACCUUCUUCAUCCAGUGUGACGACGACACCUCACUCGACAACCCGUUUGCUGACGACACGGCUGACCUGACGGAUGGUUUCGACUCUGCACAGACGGCGGUCUUGGAUCUGCGAGACGAGAUUAACAACAGCACCGAGUGCACUCAGUUCAACGUCACGCAGUGCAGCACACUCAGCACCCUCCUCUUGGACGCCAACUCGACGCUCGGUGAGCUCAACACGGCCAUUGGCGCAGAUUCGCUCGAUGCAAACGGAAACGCGGAUGAAGGCGUUCUCCAGCUCGUCAGCUGCUCCGAGCUCAACGGCAGGUACCAGUUGGUGCUGAAUGUGCUCUGCGGCGAUGCGGCCGAGGCGCUGGGCAAGUCCACGGAGGUGCUGCUGGGCUUUGCCGUGCUGUACGUCGUGGUGCUCGUCCUGACCCGCCUCCUCACGGACGUGGGCGUGCACCAGACGAACAACAACAAAAUCGCGCCCGCAGACACCUUUGACGAAAACGGCCGGCAGCCGUUCCUCGUCUAACCGAACGAAAAGAACAACCAGCGACCUGUGUCGUUUUCGCUGGCUUGUCGUGUUGUCGUGCCGUCUGUCGUCCUGUGUCGUUGAUGACGGUUUUCAUCCCUUUUGAGUCAUUCUGUUGUGCUUGUCCUUUUGCGUUGUCUCACUGUUAUGCCUUACCGCUGUGCUUUUUAAAGAAGCGUUGAACGCUGGUGUGUGUGUGUGUGUGUGUGUGUGUGUGUGUGUGUGUGUGUGUGUGUGUCGAGUACCUUCAGACCUUUUUCUUUGCUUGCGUACGUCCAUUUCGUUUUCUGUGAAUUUGGUGUCCUUUUACUGACAAUACACUGAAACUAGCUGA